AUGUCACCGCUCUUCCAUUAUUCAUUCGUCCUAUGUCUCCUCGUGCUCGUCUCGCACAACAUCUGGCACCGCCGGUCGCUCUCGUACCUCCCCAACCCCACCCUCCCCUCGAUAAUACCGACCCCGUUUAAGUCACUCUUCCCGUCAGUCUCGCUCAAUGGAAUCACAUUUCUUGCCAAGGAGUGUCAGACUCUCACCCAGCUACCCUACCAGCCGGCGAACAACCCUCAAGCCCUCUUCAAACCGCACGGCAUGCCAACGUUCAUCUUCGCCUCAUCCCACCGCCUGCACGCGUCCGCCUUUGCAGUUGUGGGGCUGAGCGCGCGGGCAGGGAGGUAUUUGUGGGGGAGCAGGGAGGAGACAUGCCUGUGGAUCUCCCUUGACGGACCCAGGGCUAUUCCGGGAACGCUGGUGUACUAA